AGUGAAUUGAAUGAAUAAGAUGAUCCCUGUCAACAAAAACUUACUACUGAAGAAACUGGUAUCGGAAAAUUUACUUUUAAAAGUGCGAAUUUUAUUUUCGGAAGUGAUUAAGGGAAAUUACAUAGCGUAGUAUCUUGACCAUAAAGUAAAAUGGAUGUAUAAGAUGAAGAAAUAGAAACGAAAGGAAAAUUUUUUAUUUGCCUCAGUUGAAAUGCACGUGAGCUAAAAAAGUGAAAAAUUUACACAAUGGAGUAAUUCAAGUGUUUCGUAAAUAUCGGUGACAUGGGUUGUGCGAAUUCUGUAACAGUUUUGAAAACAUCGUGCAGUAACAUUAAGAUAUCACAGCCUAAGCUUACAGUGACACUAGCUCCACAAACAGGCCUGACGGAAAAUGAGAAACGGAUUAUUAAAUCAACAUGGGGAUAUAUGGCAAAAGACAUCCCUGGAAAUGGUCUACAAGUGUUUCUAAGGAUAUUUGAAACAUGUCCUGAAACUAAGGAACUGUUUAAUGUGGAAAACAUUCGACAUUCGGAAUUAACACGGAACCAGGUGAUCAGGGGACAUGGAACGCGAUUCAUGAGCGCAAUAGGGGCUGCUGUAAAUUGUUUAGAUGAGAGUGAUGACAAGCAGGAAAAACUUAGGGAAGUAUUGUUCGUUCUUGGACAACAACAUAAACACUACUCUGGAUUCAAACCGGAAUAUUUUGAAAUAUUUUACGAUGCGCUAAUGUGGCGGUGGGAACUAUGCAUGAGAGAAAAUUUCACACCGGAAGUAUCGGACACUUGGAGUCACGUAUUUGUCUACAUGAUGGAAAAGCUUAAAGAAGGUUACUCCUCGAAGGAAAGCCAAUAGAUUUGUCAAAUCCAUCAUCAUUUUCAAAAUCAACACGAGUAUCUACUUGUAUAUUAUUCAUCGGCGGUUGCAAAAGUGGCGACAUUAUAAAUUUUAUUUGCUUAUACAGGUCGUCUUUCUAGAUAACAUCACUAU